AUGGGUAGACGUGCGGCAAACAUAGACCUGGGUAUCCCAGCACCGAAGGAGGUGUAUGGUUACAAAGUCUAUCUAAUCGCGCUUAUCAGCAGCAUGGGAGCGUUCUUGUUUGGAUAUGAUUUGGGCUUUAUUGGCACUGCCAUUUCACUCCCCUCGUUUCAAAAGGACUUCCACCUUACCGACAAAAGCCAGUCGGAAAAAGAUGCCUUCUCGGCAAAUGUAGUCUCGCUUCUCCAAGCCGGCUGCAUCGUUGGUGUGCUAGCUGCCGCCCCAUUUAGUGAUACCUAUGGACGACGACCAACUCUGUUUCUGACCGCACUCAUCUUUAAUUUGGGCUCGGCAUUACAAACCGGUGCAAAGGGCUCUUGGGCUUUGAUGCUUGCUGGUCGAGCGAUAGGAGGUAUUGGUGUCGGAGCUGCGAGCAUGAUAGUGCCUGUCUAUGUCGCGGAAGCAUCACCGCCACUCAUUCGCGGCCGUCUGGUCGGCAUCUACGAGGUCUUCGUAUCAGCUGGUACCAUGCUGGGUUUUUGGAUCAACUACGGCCUUGCGAAACAUGUGACGCCAUCAUCGAAGCAGUGGAUCAUCAGCUUCGCUGUGCAACUCAUUCCGGGAUCACUAUUGUUUAUUGGCACAUUCUUCAUCCCAGAAUCACCUAGGUAUCUAGCUCAGAGCAAGGGUCGCGAUAAGUGCAUUGCUUCCCUUCAACGCCUCCGAUGUAUUCCGUCCGAUCACCCAUAUCUCUUGGAAGAGGUGCAUAGCAUCUUUCAGCAAAUCGAGCAUGAAGAGGCCAUUGCGGAAGGACACGGCAUCAAAACAUUUUUCAAGGAGCUCGCCAAGCCGGGAAACAUGAAAAGGCUCCUUAGUGGUUGCCUUAUGUUCAUAUUUAUGCAAAUGGCAGGUUCUAACGCAAUCAACUAUUAUUCCCCAGCCAUCUUCAAGAGCAUUGGUCUCACGGGACCAAACACGGCGUUCUUUGCCACGGGUAUCUACGGUGUUGUCAGGUUUGUAGCCAUUAUAUUCGCCAUGAUAUAUGUCGUGGAUCGAUUUGGAAGAACCCGAACUUUAAUGGCAGGAAGUGUCGUGAUGGCAUUCGCAAUGUGGUACAUUGGCGCGUACGUCAAACUCGCUUCCCCCGGCUCUGGUGGAUCUUCCGGCGUCAGCUCCGCAGGCUACGCCGGUAUCGCCAUGAUCUACAUAUACGCUAUUGGGUGGUGUUUCUCUUGGGCCGGCAUCCCAUGGAUUUACGCCUCGGAAAUCUUCCCGUUACGCAUCCGCUCCCCUUGCGUAUCUAUAUGUAUAGCAGUUCACUGGAUUCUCAACUUUGUCAUUGCUAGGAGCACGCCAUACAUGAUCACAAACAUUGGUUACGGCACGUACUUUCUCUUUGCGGCCUUUAUAACCAUUUCAGUACCAUGGGUCUUCUUUUUCGUUCCGGAAACCAAGGGCCUUAGCUUGGAGGAUAUGGACGUGUUGUUUGGUAUGCCUCAGAUUGAGCACUUGUAUCACGAUAACGGCAAUACAUUGAAAGAGCCAGAAUGCAAUGCGACGCACUCAGAGCAUUCUAAGGCGUAG